ACCCCCCACUCUGUAUAUUCUAUAUAUACAGCGUUGAGGACAAGCCGGCUUUAGAAUUGUUCAGUUUGUUGUAUAGUGAUAUUUGAUUUUGUGUUACAUAGAAUAUUUUGUCUACUACCGGUGAUUUAAUCCAUCAUAUUCAUAAUGGCUGAUACUCAAGUAACUACAAGCACAACCGCCCCCACGUGCAUGGAAUCCGUCAACCGAAUCGCCAAAUUCCCUGUGAUCGAAAGCUCCCUUCAAGCGGCCACAAAUGUCUACGAGAAGGUUAAAGAAUACAACGGAAUGACUCAGUGGACUUGCAACACCGCUGAAACCGUGGUCCACAAGGCCGUCGAAGUGGGCAAACCCAUCGUCCAAGGUCUCGAAGGUCCCAUUAAAAAGGUCGAUGGAGUCCUUUGCACCGGCUUGGACUACGUUGAGACUAAAGUCCCAGCUGUGAAACUUCCUCCUGGCGAGCUCAUUUACCAGAUGUACACCACUACCAAAGACUACGUCAACAAUACCGUGACUCCCGCCGUAGGGGCUGCCUACUCUUACGUCGAACCCGCGGUUAAGUCGGCCUACGAGAAGAUAGAACCCGCGGUUCAAACUGCCAAAACCGCCGUCGAACCCGCUGUUGAGAAAGCCAAAAUUUUGGUCGAGCCCGCUGUUGAGAAAGCCAAAUCUUUUGUCGAACCUGCAGUGAGUGCUGUUGAGAGUUUGAAGCAAUACGGGAGUCACAAAUUGGAGGAAAUCAGACAAUGCACCAGAGGACACCCUGAAGGUGAUUUGGAAUGCGAAGAAUGUCAAGCCGCCGCGAAAAAAAUGGGAUAGAAUCAUUAGAUUAGAUAUAUUUAUGAAUUAAGUGUAAGUUUUGUACUGUGCUCAUGUUUUUAAGACUGUUUUAUAUAUUGUAAUAUAUUUAAUUACCGUUUUUCUGUAAAUUAAAGUGGGUUUUGCGAUAUUGUAGAGUGGUAUUUUUGAGAUUAUUGAAAGGGUCAAGGUCUGAGAAAAACGGUCGGCAUUUGUAGUAUUUCAUAAGGUUUUGAAUAAAAAUUUUUACUCUCCAA